AUGGGAGCGUUUCGGCUGCUGCUGAGGAGUUUGCAUUACAUGCUGGGACUCUCCAUCCAACUUAGUGUCGCCACGAGGCAGGCUGGACACGGGGAGGUGGAGAACCACAUCUCCGGGAACGCCAUGUUCACAGACGUGCCUCAUGACAUGACAGCCCAGAGAGGGCAGGAUGUGGAGAUGGCCUGCUCCUUCCGAGGGGCAGGGAUGCCCUCGUAUUCCCUGGAGAUCCAGUGGUGGUAUAUCAGGAACCACCUGGAAUGGACAGACAGUAAACCCUGGACAACCAAUGAAGUGGCUCCAGAGGAGGACAUGCCAAAGGAUGCUACAAAGAUAAGUGUUGUGAAGGUUGUAGGAAGCAACAUCUCCCACAAACUCCGCCUCUCCCGAGUCAAGCUGACCGACGAGGGCACCUACGAAUGCCGGGUCAUCGACUUCAGCGAUGAUGCCGGGGCCCGCCACCACCGCGUCAGGGCCUACCUGCAGGUGGUGCCGCCUGGUGACAUCAUCGACAGCACGCACAACAACAACUUUGAGGCCGUGGACGAAACCAAGAGAGGAGUGGCGUUCGUUGAUGGUGACAACUCGGAUUCCCACGGCAGUGGAGGGAGAGAGCACGCUCACGGCCACCACCACAAUCACGGGCCCCACCAGGAGCACAGCAAGCAGCCUUCGUCCUCGCCGGCUCACCAAGGCCACAGCGGCAACAGUCAGCAGCACAAGGCGGGCAGAGAGCUAAAGAAGAGGGACGUGGACAGUAACCACAGCCAUAAUGACUGCACCAACGAGCCAAGCUGUGCGCUGUAG